AAGCCUUCACAUAAACACAGCCGUUUGCCACAAAUUCCUCUUAAUUCCCUUCAUCUAACAAGUUACCCACCUUAACACUUGAAACUUGAAGCUUUUCUCCAUCCGAGUUCUAUCACUCUCUUACACCUAGCACAUGAGUUUUGAGGAGAAACCUGUAUCAAUAGGACCAUGGGGAGGCAAUGGAGGUUACCAUUGGGAUGAUGGUGUGUAUUCAACAGUGAGGCAAUUGGUGAUAGUCCAUGGGGAAGGAAUUGACUCCAUCCAGAUUGAAUAUGAUAGGAGAGGAAGUUCUGUCUGGUCAAAAAAGUAUGGUGGAAGUGGAGGCCAUAAAAUUGACAAGAUCAAGCUUGAUUACCCAAAUGAGUUCCUAAAAUCAAUUGAUGGAUACUUUGGUAGCUUAAGUCAAUGGGGAGUAACCUUCAUUCGGUCACUAAGUUUUGAGAGUAACAAGAAAAUUUAUGGACCAUUUGGAGUUGAACAAGGUACAUAUUUUUCAUUACCAAUGACUGGUGGCAAGAUUGUUGGGUUCCAUGGUAGGUAUGGUUGGCAUCUAGAUGCCAUUGGAGUCUAUUUGAAGUCCUCUCAGCAACCAAGUCCAUCCAAAACUUUGUCUUAUUCACAGAACCACAUUACUAACACUCCUGAGAAUGUUGGUUAUUCUGUAAUACAUGGAAGUGUUGGCCAAGGCUUUGAUAUUGUUCUUGCUUUAAGACAGAAAGAUGACUUUGCCAAACCUCCAACAAUUGGGAAGAUUCCUAGCUACCAAGAACCUAACAAUAUUGAACCAACUUGGACGAUUUCUAGCUUCACGGAUCCAAACACUAAUGUUGAACCAACUGGAAAGAUUUCUAGCUUCAAAGAACCAGACAAUGUUGAACCAAGUGGGAUGAUUUCUAGCUUCAAAGAGACAAAUAAUAUUGAACCAAAUGAAAAGAUAGAUCAAUCUGGUGGUGUAGUGACAUAUGGGCCUUGGGGUGGUACUGGUGGAUAUGUAUUUGAUGAUGGACCCUACACAGGAGUUAGGCAAAUUGACUUGUCACGCAAUGUUGGAAUUGUAUGGAUUAGAGUUUUGUAUGAUUUGGAAGGGGAAGCUGUAUGGGGACACAAACAUGGUGGGGCAGGAGGAUUCAAACAUGAAAAGAUAGUCUUCAAUUUUCCAUAUGAAGUCCUAACACAUAUAUCUGGAUACCAUGGAUCCUUGAUGUAUAUGGGGCUAUCUGUUAUAAAAUCACUUACAUUCCACACCACCAAAAGGGUAUAUGGACCAUUUGGAGAUGAACAAGGAACUUAUUUCACAACAAAGCUGAAAGAAGGGAAGGUUGCUGGUAUUCAUGGUAGAAGUGGCUUAUUUCUUGAUGCUCUUGGUGUACAUGUGAUAGAAGGAAAAGUAACAGUGCCAGUGGCAACACCUCCUUCCAUGACAAACGCUUCAAGAGAACCAAGUAUUUCUGAAAAAGAUACUGUUCAAUGGCCAGCCAAACUUUUAGCUGCCAAAUCAGCACCAAUUGAACAGGUUUCUAGUGGUGUGAUUAAAGAACCAGCUCCAUGUGGACCAGGUCCAUGGGGUGGGGAUGGAGGUAGACCUUGGGAUGAUGGAGUCUUUUCAGGGAUUAAGCAAAUUUAUUUGACUAGAGCACCUGAAGGAAUUUGCUCAAUUCAAAUUGAGUAUGAUCGACAUAAGCAAUCUGUAUGGUCUGUAAAACAUGGUGGUAACGGAGGAAAUACCAUGCAUAGGAUAAAAUUGGAGUACCCAAAUGAGGUACUAAAUUGCAUAUCUGGCUAUUAUGGUUCAAUCACUGCGGAUGAAAGGCCAAUAAUCAUAAAGUCACUGACUUUCUACACUAGUCGAGGACAGUAUGGUCCAUUUGGUGAUGAAGUUGGAAAAUUUUUCACUUCAACCACUACAGAGGGCAAGGUGGUAGGUUUGCAUGGGAAGAGUAGCAUGUACUUGGAUGCAAUUGGGGUCCACAUGCAACACUGGCUGGGAAGUCACAAAACUUCAAAGUCAUCCUUCUUCAAACUAUUUUAAUUUUAAUACAAUUACUUGUAUUAAAUUAUAACACGAUUACUUGUAUACUGUCUAAAUAAUGUUUGGUAAAUGUGCUAUAACUAAUAGUAAAAUUUGUUGUAAUAUCAAGCAGAAUGUUAGUGUUGAUUUCUU